CCAGUCAGUCGUUCUCCGGACGUCGGGGGAUGCGUGUCGCUGCCGACGGCUCGUUCGCGCUCGAAACAUCGUACCGGCUCGGUGUGUUUGUGUAGGGAUGUUUGCCCCGAGAUAGUGCGGCCUAUAAAGCGACGGAAGGAUUUGUGACUGUGCUGUGAACUGUGUUUCAGAGUCGGACGAAAGUUUGCCGUUCAGUGCUGCUCCCGGUUUGAUGAUUAUACUAUCAAGAUCUCCACGACGAAAUUUGGCCCAAUACAGGAUUGAAGAUAAACAAAUGUCGCGCCUAUACGGAGCAUAUCCUCGAUAAAAAGACAACAUAGAAGAAAACUGCGUAUGGCCGAAAAGUACAACGAUAGUCCAAUUAAUGCGUCACCGUACGCUUUUUGGACAAGCCGACAUGAGUGGAUCAAAUCCAGUGGUAGAAAAAACCGUGAAACACACAAUGAAGUAAACAAAAGAACUGACAAGAAAAAUAAUGACAAUGAUUGGAGUAAAGAACAGAGGAUUACAAGUAAUAGUCGUGUUAUAGCGACAGAAAUAGAAAAUAAUGCAAUAAAUAACGAAGAUGAAGAGAUUAGAAAAAACGUAUGGAGUGACGUCGAUGACGAACUUUACAUAGCCAAGUUGAUUGAGUUAAGGACUUCACAUGAAGUGAAGCGUGAAAUACGUGAUACUAGUGCAUAUAUAAGUGACGAUAUCAGUGAGGUUGUGAAUAGUGAUAAGUUAGAAUACGCGAUGUGGGACUUGGAGCCCACGGACCUAACGGAGUGUGACUGCAUGGGACCACCUCCAGAAUUCUUGCUGCCACCACCGCCUAGGCCUCCGUUUCUACAAGCGGACUAUUAUUGUGGUGACGACCCCAUCCCAGACUUGGAGACCUGCGACACAGAACCAAAGAUAGACGCGUACAACCACAGCGGGCCGUCACUGCAAACCUCCGCCGUCAUCGCACUCUGCUCCAUCGUGCUGGUCCUUGGCAUCUUCGUUGGUGCUAUCCUAGUUUGGAAACACAAGCGGAAAGUCACCAAUCUCCUGCCAUCCAAAUCCUCGGCACCCAACCAGACCGGCUCGCAGCGACGGGCGCCGCCGCCAGCGCCGUUAUACGAGGACCUGCAAGACUUGCCGAGACGACCACCCAUCCCACACAGACCGGACAUUGAGCCUCAAUUGGAGAUGGUAGAAACAAAGAGACCAGGCUGUCCCGGCCGAGUCUUCGUAUGCGGAUCGGGAGGCACAUGGCGCGGUGGCAACUCCUGCGGCGGUGAUACCUGCGGUGCCCCCCUCUACGAGGAGUUACCCCACCGCUCUGACGACUCCCUACACAGCGACGACCACUUCGCCGAAGACGAGCUCAGCCUCGUAGGCGAAGCGGCACCCUGUCGAACGUGCUCCAAACCACCCGCACCACAGUCUCUACCGCACCGUCCCAGACACCACCGUCUAGACCGGCGGCCCAAAUCCUUAGAGAGACGACGAGCUCAACAGAGAAUGCCGAGGCAUAUGCAUCCACCCGAUCCCUCCGAAUUCCAUGAAGGCGUUUUGCUAGAUGCGUUACUAAGACUAUACCCUCAAGUUGGGACGGUAGGCGCCAGGCCGCAAGGACCUAUACCUGUUGGUGCGGGCGGCGCUUGGCCUGGCGGAGAUUUACCAGGAAUAGGCUGCUGGAGAGGGCCAAGGGCGUCUCCAAAGCCUCCGAGCGGGGACUCCUCCUUUGGAUCCGAUUCAGGAUAUAGUAAUAACACUUGUGGUACAUGCGGCACGAGGACCUCCUCCCGGCAUCGCCUCUCUGCAGAAAUACCAAUGUCGUGAACUGUGCAGUGUCCGAACUAAGUGAUAAAGAUUUGGUCAUGUGCCAUAACUGUUCCUUGUGAUAUACGGCAGUUAAAAUCAUAAAACAGGAAUGAAAUCGAAGCAAUUUAUUGUUAAACUUUAUUGGCCUAAAUUCAACAGAGAGUACGGCCUUUUCAAUUCUCAUGCCUUCAAUAUACAUUGUUUCUGGUUAGUUUAAACUGUGAAUUGUUAUUGACUUGAAUAAAAUUCGUAGUGUCUAAUUUUGUACGAUUGUGUAAAGUAGCACUCGGGUCCUAACUAGUUAGGCCUGUAAUGUUUUGGAAUAUCCACUCAAUACAAUUAUUUUCAUGAAUAGCUUAGCGUUAAAUGGUUUUUGUAUAUAAUUCAUGUGACCAUAUUUUAAGUAGUGAUAGAAGUUUUGUCCUAGUAAGUUAUUUCGAACUAGUCCUAAAAUUAUCACAUUUAAUAUGGAUUAUAAAAUGAAAUUGUAAAUUUUAGUUAAUCAUGAAAGUUGUACAUCAGUUUGCUGACAUGUAGAUAUUGUAAAUAUUUUGUAGGUAAAUGAAUUAAUAUGUACUGUAAGAAUAGUAAGAUAAAUUUUAUAAUCAUAUCACUAGGGGUGGGUUUCUCCUAUCAUUUUAACGGUCAAUAAUCAGCCUAUUUAAAUAAAAAUGUUUGGAGAAAAUCCCCUUCGAAAUUAUUUAGACAUUGCAUAAAAGUUUAAAUCACUUUUUAUUUCUAAAUACACUACAUAUGCAGUUUUCUUCUUAUUUCCUAUAACUGGUGCUAACAUUUCGUACUUUUUAUUUUACAUACAUGGCUGUUUAGUUGAUUUCUUAUUUAAGCAAUUGAUUUCAUUUUAAUCCAUAUUUAAUAUUAUCACCAGCCUAUUAAGUAUAGAUCCCAUUUAUAGGAAAUGUAAUGACUUUAUAAAAAAAGCUAAAUCUUAAUCUCAACAACUAUGUUUUUAAAUUAUGUUAAUAUCACCGUUUUCCUUGUCAAUGACAUAUUUAUUUUGGCUGUCCAAAAUGUUGUUUUUGUUUACUGUUUUUUGUAUUUAAUUUAUUUUACUUUGUUUAUUUUUAAUCGUAAUACGAUCGCAUCACUAAUGUAAUUAAAGUUUCGGGCGAUUCGUCCAAUUAUAAAUAUGAGGAGCACAAUAAAAUGAAAAAUAAAUACAUUUUUAAUGAA